AUCGCUCUUUCCCUCCCUUCCCUUCUUGGAGAUGCUGCUUCUACUUCUGACUUUGUUUUGGGGUCGGUCCCUUUCCCGGACUCCGGAGUUCGCACUAAGGGUUCCGGAGUCAGUGACGGUGCAAGAGGGACUCUGCGUCUCCAUUCCCUGCACCUUCAUCUACCCCGAGAACUUCAAGAAUAACCACACUGCCUACGGUUACUGGUACCAGAAAGGGGACAAAAGUAAGAAGGAACUCGUGGCCAGCAAUAGACACGACUGGAACAAGCAGUGGAGAAGCCGGGACCGAUUCCACCUCAUCGGGGACCUCCAGAGGGACGAAUGUUCCCUGCACAUCAGCGACGCCAACGUUUGGGACAACGGGAGGUUUAUGUUCAGAGUGGAAAAAGCUCAUCUGAGAUACCUGUACAAAGAGCAUUCUGUCAAUGUAACGGUGACAGCCCUGACACAGGAGCCAGAGAUUCACCUUCCAGCGAUUCUGGAGUCCGGGCGAUCGGUCAUCCUGAACUGUACAGCUUCCUGGGCCUGCGAGCAGGCCCCCCCCCCCACCUUCUUCUGGACAGCGCCGGUCUUCUCCCCCGCAAGAAGCCCACACUGGAGCUCAAGCCUGGGACCCCCCUUCUUCUCCGUUCUCCCUCUCACUCUGGGGCCUCAGGACCAUGGAGCCAACCUCACCUGUCACGUGACCUUCCCUGGGGCCGGUGUGUCCACACAGAGUACCGUCCGGCUCAACGUGUCCUACGCCCCAGAGAAUCUGACCUUCACGGUUCAUCGGAUGAACAGAUCAGAUAUCGCCCUCAGUUCCUCAGGAAAUGCCUCGUCUCUGACGGUCUUGGAGGGUGAGCACCUUCGUCUGGCCUGUGCCGCUGACAGCAACCCUCCGGCCACCCUCAGCUGGAGCCACGAGGGCCUCGGUCUCGGCCUCUCUCCGUCCCCGGACCCCGGGGUUUCGAAGCUGGACCUGCCCCGCAUCGGGGUACGAGACGGAGGAAAAUACACCUGCCAGGCUCAGCAUCCACUGGGAUCUCGGUGGAUUUCCCUGCACCUCUCUGUGCAUUUCCCUCCCCGGCUGGUCAAUUCCUCCUGCUCCCGGGAUGAGGAGGGUCUGCACUGCAGCUGCGCCAUCCUGGCCAACCCACCUCCCACCCUGCGCUGGUGGGUAGGUGGGCAGCCCGUGUCUGAGAACAGCAGUGGCAGGGACCCCCUGGUGACUUCCAGGGGGUCUGGCCCCUGGGUCAACAGCACCCUGAGCCUGAGGGGAGUUCUGGAGCCUGGCUUCCACCUGCUCUGUGAGGGCACCAACCCCCACGGGACGCACGGCCUCACCAUCCUGCUGGUGUCAGAUCCGAAGCCUCUAAUCACCAAUCCCUUCGCCAACGGGGUGACCCUGGCUGCCAUCGGAGGGGCGGGUGUCAUGACCCUGCUCUCCCUCUGCCUCAUUCUCCUCAUAGUGAAGAUUCUAAGGAAGAAAAAAGAAGCUACAGGGUCAGGGGUCACAAAGUCCCAAGGUGUCACCAAGGUUGACUGUGCUGACCUGCCCUCUAAGAGUGCGCCAUCCGAUCAACCCUGGGAAGCAGAGCCGGGCAGCCCAAUGGACUUUGCUUCUUCAGCAGACCUUUUCAGCGAUGAAGCCAGGAUGGAAGAGCUCCAUUACGCCUCCCUCACCUUCCUAGGGCUGAAGCCCAGAGAGACCCAGGCCUCCAGGGAGCCAAACACUGAAUACUCUGAGAUCAAAUUCAGAUAUUCCACCUCCAGGUCCAAGGUCUCCCCAAGUCUGGACAACCUCAGCGUAGGGUGCAUCCGACGGCUUUAUCGCAGUCACAGGGUCAGACCCGGGAAGGAAGCCUGGCCCCCUCUCUCGCGCGCGCUAUCUUCUGGUCCUCCCGGUUUCUCUUCUUCCCCGGACAUGUUACUGCUGCUCAUGCCUCUGUUCUGGGGAGGGUCCCUGUCCCACGAUAAGAAUUUUCAGCUGGACAUUCCCAAUUCGGUAACGGUAGAAGUGGGCCUCUGUGUCCUUAUCCCCUGUACCUUCAUCUACCCCUGGAGCUUCCAGAACACCAAUGAAGCCUUCGCUUACUGGUUCCAAGAAGAGGAUGGCAGUAAAGGGGAUCCCGUGGCCACCAAUGACCCCAGUCGACCAGUGAAGAACUGGAGCCGGGAUCGCUUCAAGCUGGCUGGAAACCCGCAGAUGGACAAUUGCUCCUUGAGUAUUGACUAUGCCCGGUUCGGAGACAGCGGGAAGUACCUGUUCAGGGUGGAGAAGGGGUUACGUCUGAGAUAUGAGUUCCUGGAGUACAAAGUUUUUGUCAAUGUGACCGCCUUGACGAAGGUGCCGGAGAUCGACAUCCCAGAGACCCUGGAAUCUGGGCACCCCGUAAAUGUGACUUGCUCAGCGCCUUGGGUCUGUGGGAGGACGCUGCUGCCCACCUUCUCCUGGAUAUGGAGAGGACUCUAUCAGUGCCCCGGGACCCCCCAGUCUUCCGUGUUCCUCUUCACCCCCGGACCCCAGGACCACGGCACCAACCUCACCUGUAGGGUGACGAUCCCUGGAGCCGCGACCGCCGAGAAAACCGUCCGGCUCAACGUCUCCUACGCUCCCCAGGAUCUAACCAUUCAAGCUCUCUGGGAAAAUCAAACAAGUACAGCCUGGGACUUACGAGGGACCACUUCCUCUCUGACCGCCCUGGAAGGGGAGUCCCUCCGUCUAAUCUGUAGUAGCAAAGGCAAUCCCCCAGCGGACCUGAGAUGGACCCGGAAGGGCCGAGGCCUGAAGCUUUCCCAUUCCUGGGACCCCGGGGUCCUGGAGCUCCUGCUGCCGUAUCUUGGGGAAGACGAUGAAGGAGAAUACACCUGCCACGCUCAGAACCCACUAGGGACCAGAAAUGUCUCCCUGAAUCUUUCUGUACAUUACCCCCCUCGCCUACUCAAUUCCUCUUGUCUCUGGGACCUGGAGGGCCUGAACUGCAACUGCUCCACUCAGGCUAAGCCACCCCCAUCCCUGCGCUGGUGGGUUGGGGGGGAAGCUAUGGAAGGGAACAGCAGUGGAAACCCCCAAGUAUCUUCCACUAAGUCUGGACUCUGGACCGUCAGCACCCUAAGCCUGAAGUGGGAGCUGGAUGAUGGUUUUAGCCUCCGCUGUGAAGGCUCCAAUCCCCACGGGGCCCACACUCUCACCUUACUGCCAGGACCAGAUCUGAAGACUUCUCUCAUGAAUCAAUACGCCAAGGGGAUGAGUCAGGGAAUCAUUUAUGGAGUUGGCAUCACGGUUCUGGUCUCCCUCGGCCUCUUCCUCUUCACGGUGAAGAUGCUGAAGAAAAAAGGAGGGGGCUCGACGACUGAGGCCUCCAAGUUGCAGGACAAUACUGAGGCUGAUUACAUCAACUUGGUCUCCAAUGACCUCCCACCUGACCAGCAUCGAGAAUCCAGGCCGGACAACCCAUGCAUCCCCCAUUCCCCUGCUGCCAUCUGCAGAUCUGAGGUGAGGGGAGAUGAGCUGCAUUACUCUUCUCUCAAGUUUCUGGGGCGGAAGACUCGAGAAGUCCAGCUAGCCAAGACCCCCUCUACUGAAUACUCAGAGCUUAAUUUCAGAUAAGAGGGGAGAGGAGGGACGGAUAGAGAACCAGCCCCGGCUGACGGAUCUGAGGGGCUCGCGGCCUCAGCUUUGCAAUGGGGAGAGGGCUGGGUUAGGAUUUGAUUGUAGGGAAGGAAUAAAGAUGAGGACAAU